UUGUUGUUAACUAUUAUUAGAUGCAAGUACUCCGGCUGACAGCGCAGCGUCUCAUGCCCACCUCAUCUACACAUAACCCUUUCCUUUCCCCUUCCCUUCCCUUAUCUAUGUAUACAUCAUCUCCUGUUGCUUCUACUGACUGUUGACUGUUGCUGCUGCCGCUCCUGUCUGCUGCUAUUGCCCUCCAUUUCCUUUGCCUUCUUGCCUUGCUUUCUUAAUUUCCCAGGAGGAGGAGGAGGAGGGGCAACUGACUCUCACCUUUUUUGCCCCAAUUGAUUGUGUGUCCUUGGGAGCAUCUUUAUUUGUGCGUGUUGUACGUUUUCAUUCUCUUUCACGGAGGGGAUGUGCGCAAUUUGAGAAUUAGGUAAAUUCCCAUGUGGAAGAGUGUAGGAGAAGAUUACUUAGAAAAGAUAACAAGGAUUAGAUAUUGAAAUCACGACUUUUUAGUCGAGUGGAGCACAGAAUGCAGCAAGGGGCUGCAGGAGGAGGAAGUGGGCAGCAAUAUGGAGUGCCCCCAACCGAUGUCGCUCAAUUCGGUGGAGGAAGUGGAAGUGGACGCCCAGCCCAUGGUCACAUGCUCGGGAUCUCCCAUGACCAGCACUUACAGCAGCAGCUUUUGCAGCAAUCAUCACACAAGGCGGAUUCCUUGAACGAGAUCUCGCAGCCGCCACCGGGGGCGCCUGCGGCGCAGCGGAGCGCCGCUAGCUUUGAGCAGCUGAUGCCAAACAACGGCGGCGGGUUUGGAGAGGAGGAAGGGCUUCAGACUGAGGAUGGUGAGAGAGGAGGUCCUGCGGGGAAUCGAUGGCCUCGGCAGGAGACCCUUGCUCUUCUUAAAAUUCGAUCAGAAAUGGACGCCACUUUCCGGGACGCCAGCCUCAAAGGCCCACUCUGGGAGGAUGUUUCACGGAGGCUCGCGGAGCUGGGUUUCAAUCGGAGUGCCAAGAAAUGCAAAGAAAAGUUCGAAAAUGUUCACAAGUACUAUAAGCGGACCAAAGACGGGCGAGCUGGACGCCAGGACGGGAAAAGUUACAGAUUCUUUAGCCAGCUGGAGGCUCUCCAAAGCAGCAAUAGUAAUAAUAACCAUGGCAGCCCUACCAGGAACGCCAAUGAUGCAAGAAACAGCCAUAAUAAUAAUACUCAGGCAAUAAGCUCGGGUCCUGGAUCUGGACCUGGACCGAAUAGGCUCAUCCCGCAGCCUUGUUCAGCGCCUGCCAUGCUCAGUACCAAUGUUACUUCUGGCGAAAUGAACAGAAACAUUAUUUCCGCCGCCGCUGCUACUACUGCAAACCCUGUGGCUGUUAGGCACAGCUCAGAUUUCAGUGGUGGAAAUUUAAGUUUCUGUUCCGAUUCUUCCGAGGAAGAUGACGACUACGAUGAGCAGACUGAUAGCCGCAAGAGGAAACGCGCCAGUUCCGGCAGUAGUGCUUCGACAAAGAAUAUGAUGCUUUUCUUCGAGCAGUUAAUGAAGCAAGUUAUGGAAAGACAGGAAAUGAUGCAGCAGAAGUUUCUAGAAACCAUAGAGAAACGCGAGCAAGACAGAAUGGUUCGCGAAGAGGCAUGGAAGAGGCAAGAGAUGGCUCGCCUUAACAGAGAGCACGAAAUAAUGGCUCAGGAACGAGCCCUCUCUGCUUCCAGAGACGCAGCCUUCAUCUCAUUUCUUCAGAAAAUUACAGGCCAGACAUUUCAAGGGAUUCCUACAAUGGCGCCUCUUGCCCAGUCGACAACUACCAUGAAUCCAGUGCCUGUAACUCACGAAACUCAUGAACAGCGACAUCGAGACAACAACAAUAACAGCAACAACAACAGCCACAACAAUAAUAGUCAAGACGCCGCUGGUGCCGGUGGAAUUGCAGGCAGUGCAGAGCAAAUGGAUAUUACUUUCGAUCCGAGCAGCAGCCGAUGGCCGAAACCGGAAGUGCAUGCAUUGAUCAGGCUGCGAAGCGGAAUGGAGCCCCGGUACCAAGACGCUGGUCCCAAAGGCCCCCUCUGGGAAGAAAUCUCCGCUGGAAUGUCUCGGCUAGGCUACAAUCGCAGCUCAAAGCGAUGCAAAGAGAAAUGGGAAAACAUCAACAAAUACUUCAAGAAGGUUAAAGAGAGCAACAAGAAGCGCCCCGAGGAUGCAAAGACCUGCCCUUAUUUCCACCUGCUGGAUCAAUUGUACAGGAAAAGAAUCAUCGGCAACCCUAAUUCAAAUUCAAUCAAAGAGGAUCAACAAAUGAACCACAGCGUCGAUGCCGUCGACAAGGAGGACAACCAUGUUCUGGCAAUAAUGCCACCUCCAGGACCCUCUUCCGACGCCAAAAACAACGGUUCUACUACAACUACUACAAACGCCAACCGCCCAGCUCCUGGUGCAGUCAUCGCUCCAACAAAUGGAACUGCAUUUUAUUCAAGCCCCGAGAAUCGAACCGGUGCCGAUCAUCAUCGAGCUCAGAAGAAGCCAGCAGCAGAAGGCCUUGUGAUGGACGUGAUGGACAUGGAGGAUGACGAUGAGGAUGACGAGGAUAACGACAUGCAAUCUGGGCAGCAGCAGCAGAGGGAGCAGCAGUCCAUUGUAGAGGACUAUGAUGAUGAUAAAAUCGAGGCAGACGACAGCGACAACAAUAACGAGCACGAGCCCCAACAUCAUAAUGUCACGACUACCGGUACUAGUAGUAGUAGUGCGCACGACCAUCUGCCAUUCGCACACUUUGUUCACGAUGCCCGAACGCCUGCUUCUGCGCCCGCCAAUUCCUUCAUGGCCAUGGUUCACAGGCUUUCUGCGACAUCCGAUCCACCCGAGUUCAAAACCUCCAAAGCUUGAAAGCUUGCCUAUUUCAACGUGCUUGCUCAAUAAAUUUCUCCCACUCCCUCCAGCGAGGGCAACGAAAUUGAACCAGUGUACCAUAUGUACCAUUACCAGAGGUUAAGGUUCGGAUCAUGGCCAAAGCAAAGCAAUUUGCAUUUUUAUUGCUGCACAGACUGAUAACUUAUGCUUUAAAUAACACUAUUAUUUGUUAUUUGCUAAGAAUAUUUUAUUUAUUUUUCUCGUUCAUUAAUAAUGACAUCAGGCGCUAAGGUCGGUAUUCGAUCGAUGUGUAAGCGGGGGACAGUAUGGAGUCUGAAAAUAUCCAUCUUCAGCCAGCGAGGCCACGAUAUGUGUGUCUCCUGCUGUGCACCCCUGCAAUCUCAUAUCCUGUAAUCUCAUCAUCAUUCUCAUAAAAUUUCCAGCUGUAUUGCACUGUCAGGCAAAAUUUAACUAAUCCUUUUCAAGAAUCUUUCCAUUAUUAA